AUGCCACCCAAAAAGAAGAGAGUAGCUAAUUCCAAUAACGAGGAACCUAUUGUUAAUUUGCGAAGGCCAACCAAGGCAAGGGUUGAUACUGAGACUGAAGUCACUCAAGAUGUGAGAAAUAAUGAACAUCCUUGGGUGACACGCACUGAUCCUUUGGAUGAAGCUGCUGCCCGACUUUUAGACAGGUUGGCUCAUGUUGCUAGUAGAGGUGCAGGUAGAGUAGAGGCAAGGGCUGGUUGCUCUUUUGAGACUUUUAUGAAGCAGAAUCCCCCUUCCUUUGAUGGGAAGCCAGAUCCUACAGAAGCUGAGAAUUGGUUCUUACAAAUGGAGAAAUUGUUAGAAGCUUUAGAUUGCACUGACUCUCAGAAGGUGCAGUUUGCAACUUUCAAGUUGAUUGGAGAAGCUGUGCGUUGGUGGAGAUCCACUAAAGCCAUUUUGGAGGGAAUGGAAACUGAUAGAAAUCCCAUCACUUGGGAGAAAUUUAAAGGGGUUUUCUAUGAUAACUACUUUCUUGAGGUGGUUCGAGAACGAAAAGAAAGGGAAAUUGCUGAUUUGGUGCAAGGAACUAAAUUCAUCAAGUUAUCUCGCUUUGGACCCCACUUAAUCCUUACAGAGGUUAAGAAAGCAAGUAGAUUUCAAAAGGGGUUGAAUGAGAGAAUUCGACACCAUCUGAUUGUAUCAGGGGUUGAUAAUUAUGCAAAGUCAGUUAAGAGAGUUAUGAGACUAGAGGAAGAUUUUAAGAACAAUAGGAGGAAAGCACAAGGGAGAGUGUUUGCACUCACACCACAAGACGUUCAAGCUUCGGAUACUGUGGUUACAAGUAUCCUCCCAUUAUUCUCAAAAUUUGCUAAAACUCUAUUUGAUUCUGGAUCUACAUACUCUUUCAUCUCCUCUCGAUAUGCUGAGUUAUGUGAUAAGAAACCUGGACUUAUGGAUUAUGACUUGUCUGUGGCUACACCUAUGGGUGAUUCUUUGGUGUGUAAUUCUAUACAUAAGUCUUGUGUCAUCCAAAUUGAGGAUAGGGAAAUGUUAGCAGACUUGAUUUUGAUGGACAUGUAUGACUAUGAUGUAAUUUUGGGAAUGGACUGGCUGGCGGCUUAUCAUGCUAGUGUAGAUUGUUUUAGAAAAGAAGUGGUGUUUCGACCUCUAGGAGAAUCUGAAUUUCGGUUUAAGGGCUCUAGGAUGCAUGCUUUACCUAGGGUGAUAUCAGCCCUUCAAGCUAGGCGUCUAUUACAGAAGGGAUGCCAAGGGUACCUAGCUUAUGUGGUGGAUACUAGGAAAGAGGUAUUGAAGUUGGAUGAUAUCCCUAUUGUAAGGGAGUUUCCUAAUGUCUUUCUUGAAGACCUACCAAGGAUACCUAUAGAUAGAGAGAUUGAAUUCUCCAUUGAUUUGCUCCCUGGAACUUCUCCUAUUUUGAAAGCACCAUGUCGGAUGGGUGCACCAGUUUUAUUUGUGAAGAAGAAGGAUGGGACUAUGAGGUUGUGUAUUGACUAUCGUGAGUUAAACCGGGUUAUUGUGAGAAACAAAUACCCUCUCCCUUGUAUUGAUGACCUAUUUGAUCAAUUGCAAAGGGCACAAAUCUUCUCUAAGAUUGACCUUCGUUUUGGGUAUCACCAGUUGAAAAUCAAGGGUGAAGACAUAUCCAAGACAGCUUUCAGGACUAGGUAUGGGCACUAUGAAUUCUUGGUAAUGCCUUUUGGAUUGACCAAUACUCCUACUGCAUUUAUGGACUUGAUGAAUAGGGUGUUUCAUGAGUACUUAGACCGCUUUGUUAUUGUCUUUAUUGAUGACAUCCUAAUUGUAAGCAUGGAAGAACAUGAAGAGCACUUGAGAAUUAUUUUUCAAAUUUUGAGGGAGAAGAAGCUAUAUGCCAAGUUUAAGAAGUGCGAAUUUUGGCUUGACCAAGUGGUGUUCCUAGGUCAUGUAAUAUCUAAGGCAAGACCAACGAAUGUAAGUAAGAUUAGAAGCUUUUUAGGCCUUGCUGGCUAUUAUAGGAGGUUUGUGGAGGGAUUUUCUCGUAUUGCAGCCCCAAGGACUCAACUAACUUGUAAGAAUGCCAAGUUCAUGUGGACAGAAGAACGUGAAAAGAGUUUUCAAGAACUUAAGCAAAGGUUGGUCAUUGCACCAGUACUAACCAUCCCUAGCAACUUGGGAGGCUUUGUCCUUUAUAGUGAUGCUUCAAGAAAAGGUCUUGGUUGUGUGUUGAUACAGCAUGGCAAGGCUAAUGUGGUAGCCGAUGCACUUAGUCGGAAGUCUUUUGGUUUCUUAGCUGCCUUGUUAACUACUCAAAAGGCAAUUAUUAAGGACUUGGAGAGGAUGGGAAUUAAAAUUGUUGUGGGUGAUUCCCAAGCCUUUAUGGCUAGUUUGACAAUACAACCCACUUUGAUUGAGAAGAUUAAGAGGUUAGAGGUUGAUGAUGCACAAAUUGUAAAGAUCAUAGGAGAAGUACAAGAAGGGAAGAGAUCAGAAUUUAAUGUGUCUAAUGAUGGUGUUUUGAGGUUUGGAAAUAGACUUUGUGUGUCAAAUGAUUUUUCAUUAAAGAAGGAGAUUAUGGAAGAAACCCAUUAG